AUGGAGAGUAGAUAUGAGCCAAGGAUGACUUGCCAAAGCAUAUGGCCUUUCCACUUGUUUAUCUUCUGGCAAGCUGUCCUUGGUUCACGUUUGCUCUCUUUUCUCUCAUGUGAGAUUCAAGGACUAACGCCUCUCAAGACUGGAGAGGGGGAGAAGAAUUUACUUUAUAAUUGUGAUUCUAAUGCAAAUUUUUGCUUGUGUUUUCUGUCUGCAGCAACUGGAGGAGUUAAAUCAUAA